AUGAGCACACCAGCAAGGAGAAGAUUGAUGAGAGACUUCAAACGGAUGAAGGAGGAUGCGCCGCCAGGAGUGUCUGCGUCGCCACUACCCGAUAACGUGAUGGUAUGGAACGCGAUGAUUAUCGGGCCGGCGGACACGCCGUACGAGGACGGGACGUUUAGGCUGCUGCUUGAGUUCGACGAGGAGUACCCCAAUAAGCCGCCGCACGUGAAGUUCCUCAGCGAGAUGUUCCACCCGAACGUCUACGCGAACGGGGAGAUCUGCCUCGACAUCUUGCAGAACCGAUGGACGCCCACCUACGACGUGGCGUCGAUCUUGACGUCGAUACAGUCGUUGUUCAACGAUCCGAACCCGGCGUCGCCAGCGAACGUGGAGGCGGCGACGUUGUUUAAGGACCACAAGUCGCAGUACGUCAAGCGUGUGAAGGAGACGGUGGAGAAAUCGUGGGAGGAUGACUUGAAGGACAUGGAUGACGGCGACGACGAUGACGACGACGACGACGACGAUGACUAA